AUGCCGACACCCCCUGCUGCAAGCAUAGCCUCAGUGGCUACAACGGCUAGUUGCUUCGACGUCUUCAGACAAAAGCUAUACAUCAGAGGCGUGCUGGGCAAAAAGAAUGACCGUGCGCCCGAUGGACGGCCCUACAGCAUGCGCAAGUGGACCCGCUGGUAUGUCGAGCUGAGGGGGCCGGUGCUGGUGUUCUGGAAUCUUUUGGACACCCAGCUUUCAGCCUAUCUCGAGGACAUCACUUCCAUUGUCGAUGGCCGCGUCCGGCCCGGAUCGCCCGAGUUUGAGCGCACCGUCGGACACAUAAAGAACAUCGUGCUCAAGCCCAGCUUCAUCAACAUCACCGACGCAGCCUGCGCAAUCGUGGGCAAGCUUAAAAAGCGCGACAGUGUGUGGACUUUGCACUCGUCGGGUGCCAACCGCUUCUACAUGCAGGCUGUCGACGACCGGGCGAUGAACGAGUGGGUGCGGGCUGUGCGUCUGGGGUGCUUCGAGGCGGCUAAACUGUACGAAUACUACACAGCAGCGCUCAUUAACGAACGCUACGCAAACAUUCUGUCAGCCCAGCGCCCGAGCGAGUACCACGUCCAUGUGCGCUUUUCGGGGACCAACGAUUGGGUGCCCUGCACGAUGGUUUUGUCGGGAAACCCAGCGCAGAUCACCUUUUGCUCCGAGGAAACGCAGGCGCAGAUUGCCGCGGUGAAGAGCCCUCGCUACUCGUACUCUAUCUACCCAGAUAGCAUUGACAAGGUCGACAGCGCGAUGAUCGCAAAGUUCGAGGGCGACUGCGACGUAGACAGUUCGCUGCUGCCCAACCUUGAGGAUACCGACGGAGAGCGCGACAUUGCACCGCUAAAUUCACGCGAUCACGGAUCGUACGCCCUGGUUAUCUUCCAAAGCGCGGUCGAUAUGGCCUCUGCGCUGGUGGAGGUGGCGGCCCACGGGCGCAUGUACAACAUGCCCAGCAGCUUUGCGCCUGACUUUAUCCCCGAGCGCCAGAAUCUCUACCUGUCGCUGCCAGACAUUGCCGAUAAGUCGAUCGAGAUCAUGGAGCCUGUGACUGCGCGGCGCAUGCUGGAGAACCUGGCCUCAGAGCGGUGCCCCAAGACCAGCACAAUGUCUUCCGGACAGUCUGCCGAUUACUGGGCCUCCGCGUCGGCCGGAAACACCAACUUUGCGGCUGCUGUGGCCGAGACGCAGUUGCCCUGGGGAAGCGGUGCGAGCGACGAAGAGUCCGAGAUUCCUAUUGCUGUUAACAAGAAGCGCGAGAGUAUUGUCCAAGUGGCCGGCAAGAUUCUGGGCUCAAAGACAGCAAAGUCCGAGCCCGAGGCUGUGUCUGAGCCCGAGCAGCAGAAACGCGGCUUCCGGUUUUUGCAAAAGAGCGGCAAGAGCAAGGAUGAUGGCAAGCGUGAUUCCAGCAUUCUGCUCAAGGAGACUGCGGCCGCAAGCACUAACGCUAACGCGGGCGCCAAGCACAUCAAGCGUCAGAGCAAGAGCAGCUCAAACUCCACGACGACGUCAAACAAGGACAGUCACCAUGCGCCCACAUCAGAGAGCCUGUCGCAUGCGUCCACUGCACCGUCUCUGCCAACUCCCGUUUCGUCGACCGCAAUGCACGGCACUUUUGGCGACGAUGCGGCUGAGGCCAUUGGUAACCUAAAAAUCGUUGACUCUUUGCUGCCCGGGAGCGAGCAGCAGAGCAGCUUGCCCGUGCCGCGGCAGCUGGCUGACUCAGACACUGACUCGGAUGGCGACGCGCCGCUGGGCAACAUCAUUCCAAGACUGGCGCAGAGCAUGGGAGCGGCUUCUGGCAUGACUAUGCUCCAGCAGCAACAUCAACAGAAUAUCCUUCAGCAACAGCACAUGCAGAUGCAGAUGCAGAUGCAGAUGCACCGGGCUUCGGCAGCAAUUCCAGGAAUGGUUGGACCGGCGCAAAUGAUGGCCAUGCAGCAGCAGCAGCAGCAACAGCAGCAGAAUAUGAUGCAAAACCCGCAGUCAAUGUACGGUGCGAUGCCUAAUGUAAACAUGGCCCAUAUGUUUGCGCAGGACCCGAACCAGAUGAUGAUGGCUGGUGGCGGCAUGCCGGUGCCAUUCCAGGGCGCGGCCACAAUGCGCGGUCGGCCAAACACGUUCAUGGAUCCAGCGGCAGCCAUGUGGGGCCAGCAGCAGGGCGGCAUGGGUAUGGGUAUGGGCAUGGAUUCUGUGGGCGGGCCCCUGCUGACGGUCGAUAAGAAGACCGACCCUAUAGAGCGCCCGAUAGGGCUGGUCGGCGCAAUCGCCAAUCGCGAGCAGAUGAAGAGCGAGCAAAAGUACCGCGACUCGAGCAGUCUCAUGAAGGAGCGGCAGAUGCGGCGCAACCAGGCAAUGGGGAUGAACAACCAGGUCUUUUCUCAGCAGCCGGGCGCGCGGUUCGGUGCUGGUGGCCAGGCUUACCCGAGCAUGUACGGCGCGCAGCAGGGCUGGGGUGACGACGCAAUGUCGAUGAUGAGCGGAAUGUCAGGACGUGCACCAUAUGCGCAAGUCGCGCCGUCGCUGUCUGCCGAGCAGCUCUCGGGUGGGCCUAUGCGCGGGACAAUGUUUGGCAUGCAGCAGCCAUUGUCGGCGCAGAUCGGCGGUAUGAGCAACGAUGAAGAUGACGUGGCGCUGUCUGUAUAUGCCGGUGGCCGCAUGUCUGUGGCUGCACCCGACGUGCAUCCGCUGAGAGCGGCGAUGCAGUCGGGUAUGUCUCUGUCGACGCCCCAGCUGGUGGGCGGGAUAAGCCCCUACGCACAGCAACAGCAACAGAUGCAAAUGCAAAUGCAGAUGCAGAUCCUGCAGCAGCAGCAACAGAUCCAGCAAAUGCAGCACCAGCUGCAGCCGCCCAAUGCGUUUAGUCAGAACCACCAGCGCCAGCUGUCGGCGGGCGGCUCUGUAUCUGCGCCGGCGGUAUUGCCUCACAGUAACACUAUGCCUGCGGGAAACUCACGGCACUCACUGGUAUCGUCGAACUCGGGCUCAGGCAGCGGGUCGUCUGGUAACUCGUCGUCAUUGGCGAUCCAGAACCGCCUGCCGGCCAGCCGCUGGGUCAAGGAGGCGCCGAAUGCGCGCGCUGACUUCAAGUCGAGCACCAUGCCGCGGACCCACGGCGCCUCGAGCAAUGGGAACUCUCGAAUGAAUAGCUCCUCGAUCUAUGCGCUGCCUGGGCGCAGCUCAGUCGUGCGCAUCGCUGAACCUGUCAAAACAGCUGCACGCACGCAGGCGUAUAACGCUCGGUACACCAGUGAGGAUGACGACGAUAGCGAGGAGGAGAGCGAGGAUGGUGACUCUUAUGGCGGAUAUGGCAAAGACAAGAUGUCGAAGGAACUCAAGCAAUUCUUUAAUGCUUUCGCUGACAAGUGUCUGGACAUCAAGCCCUAUGCGUGGGUCGACUUUACCGUGGCAUUUGAUGCGUAUAAGAGCUUCUGCUCGCGCAACGGUAUGAGUGGGAAGGAUGUGGCUACGAGCUCGCAGUUCCAGGACCUGAUGAGUACGGCUGAGUGGCAGCUCAAGACCAGGGAUACUGCCCAUGCAAAGUUGAGGUUUUUCAAGCUUGACAAGUACAUCGAGUAUAUUUUGGAAGUGCGCAAGGCGGAGCCCAUCCUCAACGAGUUCUAUCAGAACACCAUGACUCGGCAUUAUGACAUUACCGCCAAUGGUGCUGAGUUGUUCAUCCCGCCACAUUACAAGCUCAAUUACCUUGCAUACAAAACCCUCCAGAAGAAGGCUGAUGCGAAAACUAUGCUGCGGAGACGCCUUCCAAGUUCAGUCAAGAUCCUGUUUAAGAAAGGAUGGGUGCAUAGUCAAAACCCAAGCGACAGAUAUCUCUGUGGCACAGCCUAA